AUGUCUUGUCGCAACGCAUCUCACGCCGGAAGCUGGUACACCGAAAACGGUUCAGAGCUGUCUAGACAGCUGGACUUAUGGUUGUCGAAAGCUGAUCUCACCCAUGGCCCUGCUAGGGCUAUCAUUGCUCCUCAUGCGGGUUAUUCGUACUGUGGCGCCUGCGCAGCGUUUGCUUACAGACAAAUAAGUCCUGUUGUUGUUAAACGCAUCUUUAUCCUCGGUCCAUCUCAUCACGUGAGGCUGGGAGGCUGCGCCUUAUCUUUCAUGGACAAGUACCAGACCCCACUCUAUGAUCUCACCAUCGAUAAGCAGAUAUACGCGGAACUAGAAGCGACGAGGCAGUUCGAAUGGAUGGAUGUACAGACAGACGAAGAUGAACAUUCAAUCGAGAUGCAUUUACCAUACAUCGCUAAAGUAAUGGAAGAAUAUAAAAGUGGAUUUACAAUUAUACCAAUUCUUGUUGGGUCUUUGACACCGGAAAAGGAAGCUAAAUAUGGUGCAAUACUGGCUCCGUAUUUAGCGGAUCCACAAAACUUAGUGGUGAUUUCGUCUGACUUCUGUCACUGGGGUCCGAGGUUCAGAUAUACCUGGCGGGAUCCAUCCAGGGGACACAUUCACCAGAGCAUCGAAUGGCUGGACAGACAGGGUAUGGACAUAAUAGAGAAAUUAGACCCACGUGCGUUCACGGAUUACUUGGUCAAAUAUGGGAACACCAUCUGCGGCAGACAUCCCAUCGGUGUUCUAUUACAGGCCGUAGCCAAACUACAGAGUCAAUCAAACGCUCCGAGAAUGUCAUUAAAGUUUUUGAAAUACGCUCAAUCAUCUCAAUGUAUGAACAUGCAAGAUUCGUCCGUUUCCUAUGCGAGCGCUUCUCUUGUAUUCGAAUAGAUAUUAUGUAUAUUGUAUAUACAUUAUUAAGUGUUAUAUAUA